AUGUCUGCGCAGAGUCCCGAGACCGGCGGGAAUGCGCGCAGCCUUCCUACCGAUGAGUCCAAGUUCGACCGCGACCCGCGCAUCUCAUUCUCCAAACUCGAUGGCAAAUACAUUCUGAAAACAGAGGAUGGGCAGGAGUUUGUCUACGACGAAGCGAUCAAGCGAUGGGUUCAUACGGUUGAUGAGCAAUUGCUCCGUCAGCAACAGGAAGCAUACAAGGUUGCAGGCGUUGUCGAUGAAAAUAUCGCGAACCCCCGCGAUAAGAAGAAGCGCAAGAAGAAAGGCGACGCCAAUGCAUCGGACCCUAAGAAUCCGAAUGCCUCCAAAAAUACCGCGGUUUUCGUUUCUGACCUCCCUCUGGAUGCCAAGGUCGAGGAAAUUGAAGAGGUCUUCUCAAAGGCCGGAGUGAUCGCCGAGGAGAUCGAUAGCCAACGGCCACGAAUCAAAAUGUACACCGAUGAAAAUGGCAAAUUCAAGGGCGAGGCACUGGUUGUGUAUUUCCGACACGAAUCAGUCCCACUUGCGAUCACCCUGCUGGAUGGCAUAGAGCUCCGACCUUCACCGUCUUCAGUGCCACAACCGCAGCGUAACUACAUUCGGGUGGAGACUGCCAGCUACAGUUACAAGAAAACUAAGAACCAUGAUGGCACGUCGCAGACCAAUGCGCGAGACAAGAAAAAGAUUAUUGAGCGCACCCAGAAAAUGAACAGCAAACUCGCCGACUGGGACGAUGACGAACCCUCUGCAUUGCCCGACACCAGCUCGAAGUUUGACAAGGUGAUGAUCUUAAAACACAUGUUCACUUUGAAGGAAAUCAAGGAGGAUCCCGCCGCCAUUUUGGACAUCAAACAAGAUGUCCGCGAAGAAUGCGAAAAUAUUGCUGGCGAUAUGGGCGAAGUGACCAACGUGGUGCUCUAUGACGAAGAACCGGAUGGUGUCAUCAGCGUUCGGUUUACCGACCCCGAGGCUGCCCGGGCAUGUGUCGAGCGAAUGAACGGCCGAAUUUUCGCUGGCCUUCGAGUUUUGGCUUACAUAUCAGAUGGAAGCGAGAAAUUCAAGAAGACCAACGAGCGACGCGCUGCACUCGAGGACAUGGCGGAGCGAGGACUCGACGCCAAAGUUGACAGCGAAGCGAAGCGACUGGAUGAGUUCGGCGCAUGGCUGGAGGGCUCCGAUGCGGUGGAAAGCACGGCCAAGUAA